AUGCUGAUAAAAAUGGUAGCUUCCGAUGAAUCUGGAGGCCUUGGCUAUGACCAACAUGGUGAUGGUAAUGAUAGUAAACCUCAAUCUCAACCUCAACCACCACCAUCACAGCAUGAAAAUGGGGAAUCAUCAAAACAGAGUUCGAUAUUCUCACUUACUUUUGAUGAAAUUCAAAGCAAGAGUGGGAAAUGUUUGGGGUCCAUGAACAUGGAUGAAUUCCUUGCCAACAUUUGGAGUGCUGAUGAAAAUCAAGCUUCUUCAGAGCAACCCAACCAAGGUGAUCCGCAGGACCUUACCAAUGGGAAAGACACAACUUCAAAACUGCCUCUUCCGCGGCAGGGAUCGUUCUCCAUUCCUACCCCACUCUGCAAGAAAACUGUGGAUGAGGUAUGGUCCGAGAUUGACAAAACUCGACCACCACCCCCGCCUGACGACAUGAGUAAUGGAGAACAUCCUCAACGCCAAUCAAGUAUUGGAGAAAUAACUUUGGAAGAUUUCCUAGUAAAAGCUGGAGUAGUUCAAGAAUCACUUUCUCAGAACCGAAUGGAAUGUGACCCAAUUCAUCCACAAGGUGGUGACGUCAACAAUUCCAAUAUGGCAACUAACAGUACCAUGCAUGCGGGUACAAGUUCUGAAAUGGGGAAUAAUAUGAUUGCUCCAGGAUAUUUGAAUCCCCAAAAUGCUAUGCCAAACAAUGUGUCCAGUAAUGGAUAUGUGAUUGCUGGAUAUCCAGUUUUCGGACAGGCUAAAAUGAUUGUGGGAAAUCCAUCUUUUGGUACCGGUAAUGAAUUUGAGAAAUGUCAUGGUUUGCCUGAAUCUAGUUGGACAAAGAACAAGAAGAGGAUAAUUGAUGGUCCACUGGAGGUAGUAGUGGAGCGGAGGCAGCGGAGGAUGAUCAAGAAUCGAGAGUCAGCAGCUCGGUCUCGUGCAAGGAAACAGGCAUACACAGUAGAACUAGAAGCUGAGGUGAAUAACCUUGAAGUGGAGAAUGAUAAGCUGAAGCAAACAGUGGCGGAAAUCGAACUGAGGCGUAGACAAGAGUUGAAGGCGAGGAAACAAUCCACAAAAGCGCAAAGGUUGGCUGCAAAGUUGAGGACAAUGAGGAGGACUGUAAGCGCUUGACAUGCUGAGCAAUGUAAUUCUGCAUGGCAAGCAAUGCGGAAAGUAGUUGUCUAUGGAUUUGGCAUAUAUUUGAUAUAUAUGUCAUUAGAAGAUUAUGUAAAUUAAUUAUAUCGUUAA